UCGGGUUGAAAACCCAGCGGGAGAGGAAUGGAGCCGGAGGGUGCACAGGGAGGGUUCACAAACACCCGGUGUAGGACUCCAAACCCGGAUUAGAAACUCCCGGAGCCCAGUUUACACCGAGUGUUUGGAAACUCCUUUUAAAGGAGGAUUAGAAGGGGAGGAUUUACACACAGCAAACUCAAACCAAGAGAAAUGUUUGUCUCACCUCAAUUUUAUUACUCUCACUUUGAGAGGCGUUUUAAAAGCACGAAAAAUCUGAUGAAAUACCAAUGCACUCACACUGGAGAGUGAUGAGCAUUGAAUGUGGGAAGGGAUUCUCUCAGUCAUUCAACCUGCUGACACACCAGAAAGAAGGGGAAUGAGAAUCAGUGGAGAAUUGAGAGUUCCCAUAUGUUACCCUUCCCACCUGGUACAGAAAUCCUAUCAGCACGGGAAUAGAGACAAGUUCAAUCCAAGUAAUGGACUAAGCUGUUUGACCUGAGAGUUUACAGCAUUUUCUGUUUUGAUGUCGGAUUCCCAGCAUCUGCAGUAUCUUGUUUUGGGUUCACAAUGGAUCAGUUUUCUCUGACUUAUCGUUCCCUGUUUAAAGGUGAAGAAGGAGCUUUUAAAGAAUGAGACAAUAACUGUCCCCCUGUUUGACAUAAACUAAACUCACUGUUAAUUCCUCCUCAGUAACAAUUGUAAACACAAAGCUUCCAGCCCGGAUUGAACCGGGGACUUUCUCAUGUAAAGCAAACGUGAUAAUCAGAGCACUAGGGAAAUGAGUGUGAAUCCCCCCCGGACAGAGGGGAACUGACCAUCCAUCUCUAGCUCUAAUUCCCAAACAGAAAAUGCUGCCAAGAAUCAGCAAGUCAGGCCGAGUCUAUGGCCGCUCUCACCAUCUGAAACCGUCACAAUGCCCGGCUGGCUGACGGCCAAUAGGAAGGGUCUGGAGGACCGAGUGGAGCGGUUGGUGCUCCAACCAGUCGGAGUAAACGAGGAUCGGGGCCGGGCUGGGAGUGAAGCAUGCGCAGUGGGAGUAAUGGCGAUGGGGAGACCCUUCUGUCUUGGAACUGGAAUCGAUAAUUAGAAGGGGAUAAUUUGCAUUCGAGAAACUCAAAUCAAACAUCACUUCAAGAUCUGACAGUCACUCGAUUCAUCAGGACCUGAGUAUCAUCGGAAUUUGAAUGUGAAGGAAGAAAUGUUUGUCAGUUCUGUCUGUGGGAAAAGAUUUCAAACAUUAGAGUGACUGGAAAAUCACUGAGACACACACACACCCGAGUGAGAGUGCCCCAGUGCACUUACUGUGGAAAGAGCUUCAACCAGUUACACAGCCUGAAAAAACAUCACACCAUUCACAGCGGGGAGAAACCAUAUACGUGUUCUCUGUGUGGAUGAGGCUUCAACUGAUCAUCAAACCUGGAGAGACACAGGGACACCUGCACCAUGGAGAAACCGUGGAAAUGUGAGGACUGUGGGAAGGGAUUCAGUUACCCAUCUUCGCUGGAAAUCCACCGACGUACUCACACUGGAGAGAGACCGUUCACCUGCUCCAAAUGUGGGAAGGGAUUCACUUGGUCAUCCAGCCUGCUGAGACACCAGAGAGUUCAUACUGGGGAGAGGCCAUUCACCUGCUCUGAGUGUGGGAAGGGAUUCACUCAGUCAUCCUACCUGCUAAUUCACCAGCGGCUUCACACUGGGGAGAAGCCGUUCACCUGCCCUGUAUGUGGGAAAGGCUUCACUGGGUCCUCUGACCUGCUGAACCACCAGCGAAUUCACACUGAGGAGAAGCCAUUCCCCUGUACUUCCUGUGGAAAGAGAUUCAGGUCUUGGUCCAACCUCAAAGUACACCAGCGAGUUCACACUGGAGAGAGACCAUUCAUCUGCUCCGAGUGUGGGAAAGGAUUCACUCAGUCAUUCAACCUGCUGAUCCACCAGCGAGUUCACACUGGAGAGAGGCCAUUCACCUGCUCCAAGUGUGGGAAGGGAUUCACUCAGUCAUCCAACUUGCUGAAACACCAGCGAGUUCACACUGGAGAGAGACCAUUCACCUGCUCCGAGUGUGGGAAGGGAUUCACUCAGUCAUCCAACCUGCUGAAACACCAGCGAGUUCAUAACUGACUGUGGGAGUCUGAUUUUGCUGUUAUUGCUGCUGCGAAUCACAUCCAGGACUGAACCAUGUUCAUUCUGACAGUUGGGGUUUAAAGCUAGCUAGUCUGGGUGUUUUGAUGUAUAGUACUUUUAAGAUGUUAAUUAGGUAAA